GUGGUGGCGGACUCGCAUUCGAGGAGACGCAUCGAGACGCAGCAACUUCAGGAUAAGAUCUACAAGCCUCUCAGGAAGCAAGCACUAGAGCACGGACUGUGACAAUCCCGAGCCGUCCGCUUCGAAGCACAAUUUCACCCGCUUGUCAUAAGGCACCCAUGCACGGCGCAUUACACAUGGCCAUUACCUAUGCUGCAUGCCAGAAAAGAUCUACUCCUUGUCACCAUGUUGCAGAUUCGACCGCUGUACAAGGGCAAGCCAUCAAACGCAGACAUGUUGCCCUCAAAAUUCAGAACGAGGCAUAUGUAGAGCUCCUCGCGCGCAUCCAGACAAGCCCUGACAACGAGUUGCUCGUGAUCACUCGGCGCAUCAGAAUGGGCGUCGAUGUAGAGAGUGUCCUCACCAUGUCAGAUACGGAGGCUACUUAUGCAAUUGAGUGUCGAGCCAGAAACGAGGCUGCGCUACAACCUUCCCUACAUAGACUCGAUGCCUGCGUUUCUGUUGGUUCCGGACAACAAAUACCUCACCACUCCCCUGUACGAAGCGAUGCUCAAGCCACCCAACUCCUCGUCAGACCUCGUGACCUCUGAGCAGUCGCCACCGAGCAGAUAUAUGGAUCCCUAC